AUGCCUAACCAGGUGUCAUCAUCAAUUGGUAACUGUCCCAUACCGAGUUUGGAGGUUUGUCCUCCCACAUACUACAGGUCGUACUCUGGUCUUUGUAACAAUGUAGCACAACCGGAAUGGGGUACAAGUCACACAGCACUUUCCCGAAUACUGAAACCUGUUUAUGCUGACGGUUUG